AUGGCCUCUCUCGACACUGACGUUAACAUGAUCCCUGCCGGAGAAGCCUCGUCUUCUACGAAGAAAGCGAAGCGGUUCGAGGUCAAAAAGUGGUCCGCAGUGGCUCUUUGGGCGUGGGAUAUCGUUGUUGAUAACUGCGCGAUCUGCAGAAACCACAUCAUGGAUCUCUGCAUUGAGUGUCAGGCUAAUCAGGCCAGCGCCACGAGUGAGGAGUGCACUGUUGCUUGGGGGGUUUGCAAUCAUGCCUUUCACUUUCACUGCAUCAGCAGAUGGUUGAAGACUCGUCAAGUUUGUCCAUUAGAUAACUCUGAGUGGGAGUUUCAGAAGUACGGUCACUAA